AUCGCCAAGGCUACGAAAUUAAGUUCAUCAACUCCUCAAACUUACCUAACUGAUCAACAUGCGGCAUCGUGUGUGUGAUUCUCGCCGCAUCGGAGUUUAAAGUACCGCCCAUCGGCGUUAGGUCACCCUCAUAGAAACCCCGAAAUUCUACACAGAUAACAAAAUUGUAUAAGUAAUUGGAAUACCGUUUCAUCUUUGCUGCCGAUGGAAUCAUACUAGCUUCCUCGGUACAACUUCAUUCACACCUACAUCAUGGCAGACUGCGCUCUACCUCUGUUUAGCAAGGUUGCUCUUGUCACAGGCGGUUCGAGAGGCAUUGGCGAAGGCAUAGCGAUGGAACUCGCGAGACGCGGAGCAACAGUUGUUAUUACCUACGUUUCAACGAAAAGUGAGACGCGAGUGAAAGAGAUAUGCGCCAAGAUUGAAGCGCUCCCUCACAAACCUUCCGCACAUGGCAUCCAAGCAGAUCUAAGUUCCCUCACGGGACCCGAAUUAGUGACAUCUUCCCUCCUAGCAUGGAAUGGCAGUAUUCCAUCAAUUGACAUCCUCGUCAACAACGCCGGGGUGGAGAUUGUCAAAGAUCUUGGGCAAAUAAGUAUCAACGACUACGAUACCGUAUUUAAUCUCAAUGUCCGGGGGGUUAUCUUGCUAAUGCAAGCGCUACUCCCAUAUCUAGCCAAUAAUGGACGCAUUAUCAAUGUUGGGUCGGUGGGCGGGAGGAGUGCAUUCAAAAGUCUGAGCCUGUACUGUGCCUCCAAGGCUGCCUUGGAGGGCCUGACGCGAUGCUGGGCAGCAGAGCUCGGCAGCAACGGUACGACUGUAAACUGCGUCUGCCCUGGUCCUGUCCAAAGUGAGCUUCUUGACAAUAUCCCUCAGGAUAUAGUAGAGAUGCAGAAAGCAACCACUCCCCUUGGGAACCGACUAGGCACUAUCGAGGAGAUCGCCAACGUUGUUGCCGGCCUUGCUGGUAAGGACGGUGCUUGGAUCACUGGACAAGUGAUUAGUGCUAGUGGCGGCUGGGCGGUAUAUUAGCCCGCUUAUGACGGAAUGGUGGUGGAUGCACAACUGAAAUCCGAUUUCAAAUACUACCUAUGUACAUAUGGGGAUUUCUCUCAACCGGUAUUGAGGGGCAUUAGGGCGAUGUUGAGGUAUCCAUUUCUCACAAGUGAAAUGUAGAGUGGAAAAUGAUAUCGGCUUGGCCGCAAUAAAGGAAACGCCGAAACAGCGUGGCGGACGUGAUAUCAUUAGAAUAAUGGAUAUCGUUGAGGGUCAACCAGGGUGAAGCUACAGGAAUCCUAUCUAGGUCUUAUACAAAGCCAAGCCAUUAUAUCUGGCAUAUCUAUAUUUUUGCCUUGGCUUCAAGAGCU